AUGUCUGAGAGCGGCCAGCCGCUGCAGUGCGGGAGGCGCGAGCGGCGCCACCGCCAGCACCCCGCCGCCUCCGCCUCCGCGUCGGCCGCGACGCCGCCCCCGGCGCCGCCGCUGCUGCUGCCCGGCCCCGCGGAGCGCGAGCGCGUCGUCGAGCUGCGGCUGCACCAGGAGGCGCUGCUGGAGUGCGCGCCGCCGCCGGGCGCGCCGCUGUGGCGCCACCUGUCGCGGCCCGCCAGCGCCGGGUCGCCGGCCGGCAGCGCCGGAGGCGGCGCCGAGGGCGGGCCGCGCCACGUGACGCUGGCGUCGGGCCAGCUGCGCAUCAGCAGCGCCAGGCUGGAGGACGCCGGGCUGUGGCGCUGCGAGCGUCGCGACGCGCGCUCCGGCCGCCUGCUGGCCGCCUCGCCGCCGCUGCGGCUCCACGUCAUCGAGCCGCCGCACGGCGUCUUCCUGGAGGUGGACUGACGGCGCCUGGACCCGGGCAACCAGUUCCUGCCCGUGUGGGAGGGCGCCGCGCUCUCGGUGUGGUGCGUGGCGGAGGGUGGAGUGCCGGCGCCGUCGCUGACGUGGCAGGUGGCGCGCGCCGACGGCUCGCCCGCCGAGAGCGUGCCGGGCCACCAGCCGGGCGGCCGGGCGUCGCGGCGCUCCGAGCUGCGCCUGCAGUCGCUGCGGCGCGCGCACCACGGCGCCACCGUCGCCUGCCGCGCCCACCACCCCGCGCUGCAGCGGCCGCUCUCCGUCCAGCUGCUGCUCGACGUCCAGUAUACUCCGUCCUUCAUGAUCAGCCGCUACCCUGGCUUCGGCUUCCCAAUUGAGGAAGGGAUGCCGGUCUCCCUGAGGUGCGAAGUCGAGGCCAACCCUCCGUCCAGGCCCGUCUGGGUCAAAGACGACGGCCCGCCGCCGGUGGCGCAGUCUGGCGACGGCUUCCUGAACUUCAGCGCCAUCAGCCGGCAGCACAGCGGCUGGUACAAGUGCACGAGCGGGGACGCCAGCUCGCUGGGCUACUUCCUCAACGUGCUGUACUCAGAACCGGAGGCCACAUCGGACAGCGGCAGGGGUGAAGGAGCGGACGCCGGCACGGCGCAGCCGGCGCUGCUGGAGGCGGCCCUGGGCGGCUCGGUGUCGCUGCAGUGCCCCGGCGGGGGCGGCGGGGGUGGCUGCUGGGGCGCGCAUCCGGGGGCGGGCGCGGGGGCGCGCUGCCAGCCCACUGCCCGCCACGACCUCGCCAGCUGGAGGCAGCUCGCCGCCACCAGCCGCUCUCCGCCUCGGGUGGUCGUGCCUCUGUCGCUGGUGACGGCGGCGCCCGGCGAGACGGCGGCGCUGCGCGCGGAGCUGUGCGGGCCGGCGGCCGAGGCGGCGGCAGACAGGGUGCUGUGGGCGGCGGGGCGGCGCCUGCUGCGGCCCGGCGACGUCGAGGGCCGCAUCGCCGCGCUGCCGCUGCUCGGCCGGAAGAACUCAAAAAAGUUAUGA